AUGCCCGGCUUCGACUUCAGCAACCACAACAGAAACAUCGCCCUGCACGCCGCCGGUGUCCCUCUGCCCAAGGCCACUUCCACUGGUACCACCAUCGUCGGCGCUCUCUACGAUGGCGGCGUCGUCAUUGCCGCGGAUACUAGAGCCACCAGCGGGCCCAUUGUCGCUGACAAGAACUGCGAGAAACUCCACUACAUCUCACCGCAAAUCUGGUGCGCCGGCGCCGGAACUGCAGCAGACACCGAAUUCACCACCGCCCUCAUCUCCUCCAACCUCGAACUGCACGCUCUCUCGACCGGCCGCAAACCCCGCGUUGUGACCGUCAUGACCAUGCUGAAACAACAUCUCUUCCGCCAUCAAGGACACAUUGGCGCCUACCUAGUCGUCGCAGGCUGCGAUCCCACUGGCUCACACCUCUUCACAGUGCACGCACACGGAUCCACGGAUAAGCUACCCUACGUGACCAUGGGAUCAGGUUCUCUCGCAGCCAUGAGUGUGUUUGAGACGCAAUGGAAGCCAGACAUGAACAAGGACGAGGCCGUCAAAUUGUGCGCUGAUGCAAUUGAGGCUGGUAUCUGGAACGAUUUGGGGUCGGGAAGCAACGUGGAUGUGUGCGUCAUUACCAAGGAGAAGACCACGUUGAUGAGAAAUUUCAAGACACCCAACGUCCGAGGGCAGAAGGAGAGAAACUACAAGUUCCAGAGAGGCACGACUGCCGUGCUGAACGAGAAGGUCAUCACAAAGGAGGAGAUUAGCAAGUACGUGACGGUGCAAGAUAUUGGUGACGGAGAGUCUGGUAUUGCGGAGAAGAUGGAGGUGGAUGAUUCGUAG